AUGUUCUUUUUUUCUUGUCUUUUUUUCAUUCAUUCUCUCAUAUUUUUUUUCAUUUUUUUCGUCUUUCUUUCUCCUCUUUUCCUAUCCUUUCCCUAUUUCUGUUUUACUUUUUUCAACUUUUUCUUUUUUCAUUCUUUCUCCAUUUUCUUUCUUUCUUUCUUUCUGCUCAUUUUUCUUUCUUAUUAUUUUUUCUUUAUUCUUUCUUUUUUCUUUCUUUCUCAUCCUUCUUUCUUUCUUUUUAUUUUCCUCCUUUAUUUCUUUUCCAUUUUUCAUAUUUCAUAUUUUCCUUGUCGCUUUUCUUCCUUAUUUUUUUUCCGUUUCAUUUCUCCUAAUUCUCUUCCCUUCUUCCUUUCUUUCUUUCUUUCUUUCUUUCUUUCUUUCUUUCUUUCCAUAACAUUUUUAAGCCUAUUUACUAUUGACUCUCUUUUAUUCUUUGCAUUUAUUUGCAAUUUUCUGUAUUUUUUCUCAUUCAUAUCUUUCUCUUCAAAAUCCUUAAAUAUCAUUCUUUCUUUGGCACUGUUUUCUUCUUUUCUCCCUUUCCUACGCCAUAUUUUUUUCCUUCUUAUUUUUUUAUUUCUUUUCCGCUGUUAUUCUUGUCUUCUGAAUUUCAUUCUUAUUGUUAUUAAUGUGUUUUCCUUUCUCACCGUUCUUUUUCUCUCUUUCUCGUUUUCUUUCUUUCUCUCUUUCUUUUUAAUUUGUCUUUCUCUUUCCUUUCUUUUUAUCUUACUUCCCCUCGUUCUCCCUUUAUUACUCUCUUUCUCUCUUUCUUUCUUUCCCUCUUUCUUUCUUUCUCAUUCUCUUUCUUACUUUCUUUCCCUACUUCGUUCUUUCUGUUCCUACUUCUUUCUUUCUUACUUUCUUACCGUUUUUUCUUUCUUUGUUACGUUCUUCAUUUCUUUCUUACUUUCUCUCUUACUUUCUCUCUCUUUUUCUUUCUCCCUUUAUUACCGCUCCCUUUAUUACUCUCUUUCUUUCUUUCUUUCUUUCUUUCUUUCUUUUUCUCUCAUUUUCAUUAAAAUAUUUUGUUUGUGUCUUUCUUUCUUUCUUAUACUUUCUGCUUUUCUUUCUCAUUUAUAUUCUUUCUUUUUCGUCUUUUAUUUUUCACUGUUAUUUUUCUUCCUUUUUCAUUGUUUAUCUUUCCCUAAUCUAUCUUUCUUUCUCGCAGUUAUUUCCUUUUUCUUUCUUUUCCACUGA